AAGAAGAAACACGCGUGGGCUAAGCUAGAUAGCUGCUGCGUUGUUCCAGCUCGGCUAAUAUUUCAGCAACCAUGUCUUCAGUUCAGCAUCUCAGAGAGUUUAUCAGAGAGCGACUAACUGCUGCUGCUCAAGAAAUCUUCACAGAGGUUGAAAAAACCAUCAUUUGCUACGAGGAAGAGCUCGAUGCUCAGCGCAGGAUGAUGGGGGUCAACUUGCAGCAACAAAUAAAGCUCAGCAGAAUCGGUUCGGAGCUGCACAGACAAAGUUCUGACCUCCGACAGCCACAUUUCUCCAGUGAGGAGCAAACUUUUGCCAUCCAACAGGUUUGUAAUCAGGGGAGGAGGUCCAGUUAUGACCAGGAGGAAUCAGGACAUCAAUGGACUGGAGAACCUCCAUGUAUAAAAGAGGAAGAUGAGGAUCCAAAAUCACCACUGAUUGAUGAACAGGACAUUCAAGAAAAUAAAUGGAUUAAAGAAGAGGAGGAAUCAGAACCUCAACUGAUAAUUGUAGAAAAGAAGGAACCAGAUUAUUCAGUGCUUCAACGUGAACAUCAUGGACCAGAACAUUUACCAACCAGACAGGAUCAGAAUGAACAAAGCAGCAGUCAGGAGGGAGAGCAUCUUGUCCAAAAGCUGUUUGUUGCUUUGAUGGAUACUUCUGCUCUUCAAGAAGAUGAAAUGAGUGAUGGAGGACCUCAAACUGAGCAGCUCUCCUUUCAGAUCUUUCCUGUAGUUGAGAGCAAAGAUCAGGGAGGAAGCAGCUCCACUGUUUCAGAGAGUCAUUCUCAUAAUGAGGCACAGGCACAGUUUUACAGAACCCACACAUGUGGAAAGCCUUUUUUAUGUGAAACGUGUGGAAAAAGUUUCACUCGAAUAGAUCAUCUAAAUUUUCACAAGAAAAUUCAUACAGGUGAGAAGCCUUUUUCAUGUGAAACAUGUGGAAAACGUUUCUCUCGAAUUAGUCAUUUAAGGCUUCACAAGAAAAUUCAUACAGGUGAUAGGCCUUUUUUUUGUGACACAUGCGGGAAAUCUUUUAUUCAGAGCUCGGACUUAAAUGUCCACAGACGAAUCCACACAAAUGAGAGGCCAUUCUCUUGUCAGACAUGCGGAAAACGUUUCACUCGAAAAAGUAAUUUGAAUGUUCACAGGAAAACUCACACACAACAAAAAAGUUUUUCUUGCCAGACAUGCGGACAACAUUUUCUCCGUCCUGGUAAUCUGAUUUCCCACAUGAAACUAAAACAUAACAGUGAGAGGGAGACAUUUGACUCUCACACACAGUUAACAUUAUAAAUAUUUAAACCUUUCUUUGCAGUUUUCAAUUUGCGAAAAUGAAAAUGAAGUAAUUUUGGGGCGCUUCUGAGUAGUGCCCCAGAAGUGCAGCUAAAUAGCCAAUCGUUUGUGGUUGCUUGUUGUGGUUUCAUCGGAACCUGGUUUAGUCUUCCGGUUUCCUGGGUUAACUUUUUGUUUGUAGCCAUGAUUAUUUUGUGUUUUAGUUUGUUUAGGUUGAAAGGCCUCUGCUGUCUGGUGUCAUUAGUUCAUUCUCAAAACCUUUGUUUUGAUGGAAUUUGGACUCCUUUUUGCUCAAAGUUAAAUUGUAGGUAAUCACAAUUUAGUUUGGUAUUCCUAAAUAUUAUAUAUUUUGCAAGUUAUAGAACAGAACUUUAAUUUUUGGCUAAUUUAGCCCUCCAUGUUAUUUUGCCAGUUGAAGAAUAUUAUAUCAUUAUGGAGUUGUAGUCAUUUUUUUGAUCGUUUAUUUGAAUCUUUAUACUGGAGUAGGAAAGGGAAUAAAGAAAUUUUCACCAGCUACCACUAUUUAAGAGUAACGGUGAAAUAAUGGGUUUAUCAGAACUUUUUUGUCAGGUCUUAAGAGACUUCUAAGUUUGUGAACGGCAGCAGAAUUUAUGGACAAAUGUCAUAUUUUGUGCUACAGUCCACUCUCGCUUUUCAGGUUAUGCCUAUUUACAGAUUGUUUUUUUCAUAGGGAGUAUCUAUGAAAUAUUUAAAGGAAAAUGCUGCAUGGGAGGCUAAAAUACUUUGACGAAGUACUACUUGACACACUAUUGGCUGGUGUUUGCAAAGCAGCCACUAUAUAAACGCCAUUUAUUUUCCUUGCUGCUGAUUGGCUGUACUCUUAAUAGUGGAGAUAAUGAAGUCCUCUGAUGUUGACUUUUGAUGUCGUCUCAAGAUCGUACAAUCUCUGCAUAUUUCAGUGCAUAUUAAGGUGUAUGCUAUUUAAACUUUUUUUAAUUGGCAAUGUUUGGAUUAUCAAGUAUUUGUGGAGUUUAACUAUUCGAACAUGAUUGUGGUCCUUGACUCUAAACAGUGCAAUUAGGGACAAAGCUAAUAAACGAUAGGAAACCUUUCAUUGAUAGGAACAUUGCACAAACAGACCAGAAAUAAUUAAUUUUAGUCUUUGUAUUUAGUAUUUGUUUUGGGAUUGUGUGACUUUGUGGAUGUACCUUGAAACUGUAUAAAAAAUAUUUUUUGA